UUAAUUUAAAUAAAUGAAAACUGAGAUAGUAAGCUAAAGUCAGUUUGACGUUAAAAAUGCAUUGAGACAUUAAAAAUAAACAACAAUUAAAUAACGUCAGCUUGUUACAUGAGAAGGUAGUUGGACAAUCCAUCCAUAGAUGAUUAUAUCAAGAAAUAUAUUUUUUACAUACUUUAAAGGAUAAAAAAAUGCUUUUUUGAUAUUCAUAUGAUACUUUAAUAUUAUUACAAAGGAAAAGAAUUUAAAUCUCUCAAUUUAGUAGUAUAAGAUUUGUUAAUAGAAGAAACUAUAAUUAACGGUAUCUAGCAAACGCACUUUCUUAUUAAGUAACUGAAAAUAAUUGCUAUUGGUUCGUCUAGCUCAGUUUGUAAUUGUCUUGUUUUUUCCCCGAGUCGACCGCGGGAAAAAGCAACGGAAUUGAGAUUCGAUGGUUCGCAAUACUUGUCGAAAGCCAAGAAAGAACAGCCUCUCCGCGUAAAAUAGUCGGUAUGUCGCGCUUGCUGGCCUGCGACGGCGGAGAAGAGGAAGAAAAGCAGAUUAGAGCGUGCGUGGUAGGGGUUUGGGGGGAGAACGGCGAGAAACGCGCGCGAGAGAGAGAAGCGGUCGCAUGAGGAGGGUGGGAGACGAGUCCGUCCGGGCUUCGCUUGCCAAACGAUCCGAGAGAUCGCGCUCGCGUCACUUUCGGCCCGUUCGACUCCAAGCGGCGGGCAGAGCUCUCAGUUGACGCUCAGUUCGGCUCAGCGAGGCCAGCAAGAAGAAAGGGGGUUAUUCCAUAUGUGUGUGAACAUCGUGCGUGUGUGUAUUGGCGCACGAUCUUCGGAACUGAAGAGGCGCUCUGCUACCUGCCGCGAGUCCUUCGGCCGCAUUACGCUUGAUACCAAGGGGUGAUUCUACCUGACCUGACUGACCUGAAGACAAAAUACGAGAGAGAUAAAGGGAUUCCGUUCUAAUCUCGGGAACCUUGUUCCUAUUCUCAGAUGACUUCGCGACAACUUUAAUGCUUGAAUUGUUGUUAUUAGUGGAUUUUGUGACUGGAUAGAUCGCGGCAUUUAACGCGCGAGCAAAACGUUUGAUGAAACGCGCUCGCAACCCCUUCGCGAUGGGGAUGACAGUACUCGCUGAUGACAGAGACGGGGCGACAUACGGCUCGUGUAUGGUAGGACACGGGACGAUCAUAGCGCAAUCAGUCGCGCAGUGAGUUACUACUGCCGAGAGAUCGACGAUUGUCAAGUGUCAUAGCUGGUGCUCGUAUUAGAUUUGCGCGUAGAUUUUAACGUUUCCAUCUCAACGCGCGGCGAUCAGGCGCAAUUGCCGCUCCUAGCUGUCGCGAUCCGAACGAUGCAUUAUCGCUAAAUCGCGUUGUGUCAUUCUGUUUUCGUUUCAACCCUCACCCCGCAUCGUUGGAUUGGCCGAUUGGACAACCGCAUAAUAUCCACACGAAUUGCUACUAAUCGACUCUACAUCGGCGACGUUCGCACGUGGCUUGCUCGCCGCUGUCACAUCGAUCAUCCUACCCGACGUCGUCAACAUCGUCAUCAUCGUUGUCGUCGCUGUCCUCGUUGCCGCGUGUGGUCUUCUCAUCCGCGGAUUUGCCACGCACUUUAUCGCGCCCCCGUCUAUCCCUCACGUUCUGCCCGUGCCUCUUCGCUUCCCUGUCCCACGUUUAUCUUCACCCCUCCACCUGUCUGCUGCGGCGCUGCACACCCUCUCUCCCGCCACCAACCCCUCGUCGGUCGACGCGCGUACUCGCACGAUUUUCGCUAUCCCCACCCGCCUUCUCCGCUUACUCCUCGCCCGCGCCUCCGCUUACCUUCUGCACACGCUUUCUUUAUUUACUCCGUGAAUUCACGGACCAACGCGACUGGCAACUCGAUCCACGAUGAACGCUCCGUUUUUCCACUCUCGGUGAAAAUUCUCGGCGCGUACGUUCAUUCUGCCGGAUUCGUUCACGAUCUGCGCAACGUUUUGAACAUUGAAAAUAUUGCUAUCACUACUACUUGUUAUCACGAUGCUUAUGCGACGACUUCCGUAUUUUGGAUAAACUCUGGUCGACCUGUGCUUGACGUAUUGCGCGAAUCCGUGAUUAUCUCUAAACUUAUACAACGGUCACGGGACCAUCACCUACGCCGAUUGGCGCGGAUAUUUGGCAUAAAUAUUGUUCUAACACCGGCAAAAAACCGUCAUCAUCUGCACCAUCGCCGAUCACGUGGCUUGCUCGACGGCGACGCUGUACGAUAAUGUUCACGCCGCGCCGCUAUGUGGCUCCGGCGUGGGCCACCCUGGUUCCGUCACGCCGAUGGGAACAGCAACCGGAGCGGGGAAUUCCACCGGGGUGACCUGGUGGGCCAUGAUGAACGGUUCCCUCUACGAGGACAGCCCGCCGCCAGUUCCACCAACAGCCUCGACCCUUGUAUCGAUUCAACAAACAUCAACACCAGGUUCUCAUCAACAAGCGACAACACCGACUUCACCUGGUGCACCGGUGUCAUCGGCAACGACAGCGCCACCGGCGCCUACAGCGAGCGCCAGUUCAACUUCGCCAAGCGCUUCUUCGGUAGCGAGCAACAGCGCAGCUGGGCCACUACACAUACCCGCCAAGAGAUUAACAGCGACUCCAGGAGGCGGUGGUACUUACGGAGAAGUAGCCUGCGUGGAGUCAUCAGGCACGCCAGGCGGUGCGAGCGCGGCAGGUGUGAUACGGCACUCUCACUCGGCAGGGUCUCAAGGCGGCUGGAGUUACAGUCCGCAUCAUCCCCAGGACUCCCACUACUCGUCCACGGCGGGCGAAUCGUUGAACCAUCAUCAGACUUACGGGGGUAAUAAUCCCCCUACGUACUACAAUCUGGCGGCCGAUCCCACCUCGACCUCCGGUUCCUCCAGGGACAACCGGAAAGCCGGGCUUUUUUGGUCGCCCGCGGCUGCUACCGCUGGAUCAGCCAGCACCGCCGGUUCUUCCUCGGAUUACAAGUCCUACAACUCGGCCGGCGCGGCGACUACGACGUCGUCCACCGGUGGGUCCACCACUGGUGCUACCGGCGCCGCCGAUCCGGCCGUGUCGUCCUGCCAUCAGAGCUUCUCCCAGAGCUGGUGCAAUUAUGCGCCGUACACAACAACGAGGCAUCACCAUCCCGUCGACACGGCUGGACAUCAUCAUCCUCAUUCGCAGGCGGGGGUACCGUAUUUGGCGCCAUCCGCGGCAGAUGACCGUGGUAGGGUCGCUGCCGCUAUGGUCGCUGCAGAAGGUGCCUUUCCUCACGAUGGAUACGGUGGCCUGAGAAACUAUGGAGCGCCCGAACCUGUUACUUCAAGUCCCUACCCACCUCCAGUGAUGUGGGGUUCCUCCCCAUCUUCCUUGUUUCCCGCAGGUUCGCUUGCGGGUGUGGGUGUCGGGGUUGGCGUAGCCGGAAUGGGCGUCGGGUGCGGCAGUUCCAACCCCCUGGAAUGGACGGGCCAGGUGACGGUACGGAAGAAACGCAAACCAUACUCCAAGUUCCAAACUCUCGAGCUGGAGAAGGAGUUCCUCUUCAACGCUUACGUGUCGAAACAGAAGCGGUGGGAACUUGCGCGCAACCUCAAUCUGACCGAGCGCCAAGUCAAGAUCUGGUUUCAAAACCGUCGGAUGAAGAACAAGAAGAACAGCCAGCGGCAGACCCAGCAGCAAAAUAACAACAACAAUAACAGUAGCAGCGCUAACAACGCGAAUCAUCACGCGGCGACCGGCAGUCAUCACCAUCCAAGUACCGCGCACGCACCACCCUCGAGUCACCACGUGGUCGCGCAAGCGCAUCACGCGAAUGGCUCGACGAAACAUCAUCAGUGACCCGUGGCCUUCUCUGGGGUCGUCUUCGGGCAUCAUCAUCACAGUCAUACCUCAUCCAGCAGCGGUGGCAGCCACGGGGGUAGCCAUAGCAGCCUGGUAGCAGGUCACAGCCAUAGCCUCCAUGCACCGCAGUCCCAGACGCCGUUGCCGCCGAUUCACGUGUCGUCAUCGGGCACCGUAACGCCCGCUACGGCCGUAGUCCAUCCACAUACACAUACACACGCACACUCUGGCAGCCAUCAUCAUCAGCUGGCGCACGUGGCUCAACAGUAUCCCGCUCUCCUACAUCAAACGCCUCACGGCUUGGCCGCCUGAACGCACCGAACGCCCCAGAGAAAACCCAUCGAGACGCCUUGAAUAAACUGAGGUGAUCUCACUAAACCGUCGAUCAAUAUCCACGUCCACGGGAAUUCGAUGAAAACUCAUGGACUCUGUCGAGCAGCCGUUUAAAGACUGCCUCUAAUAAGGAAAGAUAAAGCUCGCGCGUAGUAUAUUAUUAUUAAUUAUUAAUUAUAUAAUUAAUUAUUAAUUAUAUAUUAUUAUUAUUCAAUCAAGCGAAAAUUUCGCUAUUGUAUAGAAAGGGCGCGUUUGGGGCCACCUUCAAGCGGCCCGAAGACUCUUUUCGAGUGUCGGUGUCCGAUGCCGGUAUUCUUUGAAUAGUACGUGCUAUCGGGCGACACCAAGCAAUCUGUCCAAUUCGUAAUUCGUAGUAUUUUCUCCAGUUAUAUAUAUAUACAUAUAUAUAUAUACAUAAAGUAAAGAGGUAAUUAAUGUCACUUAGUGUACCCCUAUUCCUCCCACCGCCCCAGAACCUCCUCUUUCCUCUUCCAGUCGCAUCGUGUGUUUAUUCCGUCUCACAUCCCCGUCUAUUAUCGGGCCUGGGUCGCACAUUUGGAGAUUGGAACGUAUCGUUGCAGUUACACCCGGGGCUGAUUCAAUCAGACGUCAUUGAUUUUGCAGUUAGGGCUGGACGGUUCGUCGAGAAUCGCAAGUUGUAAAGCGGAUGGGUCGCUUUUAGGGGUAAGUGGACUCACUGAUCUCGCGUAAGUGCAUGUGUAUCGCUCUUUAAAUUAAAUUUUCACUUCGGUAUGGGUUAUAUAUGACCGCGUUAAAGAUCUGCAAAUCUUGUCGACUACCUACCUACCGUACAACUAGGCAAUACUAAAAAGUUAGCAUUAGCAAAAAGUUUAUUAUUACUCGUCGUUCACGCUCUUAUGCCUAUUUCUUUUUGAAUAUUUUUUUGAAACGUUAAUUUAUUAUAAAAUGGAGAUUAUAAAAAUUUUAUUGAUAGACUCGAAGCAAAUAUUUAUUCAUCUGUAAUUUAAAUUUAAUGUUAAUUAUCUUCAGUAAUGUCAGUAAAUGAUUUUAACAAACUCGCAGCGCUGUCCACAUUUAUCGAAAUAUUUGUUUUUUAUAAUGACGAUUCUCGACUCGAAGAAGGAAAGUCUAAAGCAAUUUGCAACAUAACUACUUUCUUUUUUUGUUGUUCAAUUGUUUUUUUAUCGUGACAAAUUAAAGAGUGUGGUAAAUUUUGAAGUCAGUGUAGAAUACGAGCGCAUCCUAGAAGAUAGGUAAUUACGUCCACAAUGUCGUAUUAAUUGCCUACCAGGAUCGCAAAUUAGUAUAAUUCUUAUAAUAGUAUUGAAGGAAAACGAUUUAUAUUAAAAAUAUACCAAGUAGCCAGGCUAGUGGUCGAUUGUAGGCCAUUCUAGGCUGAGUUUGGGAUCUUCAUGAAAAUUAUGUUACGCUGGAUCAAGAUCGUACGCUCAGUAUUUUCAUCUUUGUGCGCGAAUGAAUUCUUGCCGUGAAAGGAACAAAGGGUUUUAAUACUUAACGCUCUCAACUUUACCGUUAACUUGUUGACGAGUUAGCAUAACUCUAUUAUUUUUAUCAUAUUCUCUAAAUCAAUGAAAAAUCAUUGAUACUUGACUUUCAGUGAUAUAAUUAUCCGAUGGUUAUCAGUUAGUGAAAUAAAUACACCAAUUUUUCAAUGAUAAUACAUUAAUUUCUGCAGUUAAAAUUACUAAAAGACAGUAAAUACUCGCCGGUUAUCACAGCUAAGUAUACUACUGCAAGUUAGUGAAUAUACACUGAUUACUAUUAUUUAGAGAAUAAUAAUGUCGAUGACACGUGAUAAAAGCUUUUUGAUUUAAGUUGCUAAAAAAUCGGUAUCAAAUUUAUUUUGAUAAAUUUUUGCAUAUAUGGUAUCUAUAAGGUCUAUUCUUAUCUUUAUAUUUCAGGAACGAUUUAUAAUUAUGCAAAAACAUAUAUUUUAUUUCGAGGGACUACUCUUUUAAAAGAGUAAAGUAGUUCCUGAAAAUGACCGAACAUAUAUUUCGCGGUUUUUCAUAAUUUUGUGCCAUUUCUGAAAUGUAGGGGAUGGGAAUAGACUUUCUAGAUAUUUUGUAUAACAAUAUUAUGUUUCAUUGCCAUUAGAUAUUCUAAGUAUUCGUCGACAAAAACUAGACGUAAUAUCGAUUGGUAUCCUAAGUUGACAUUCGUUAAAUUUUAAUAUUAAAAAUUAAUUAAUAUUGAACAUAAUUAUUAAAUCAAUAUGUUUUUAUUGAUUAUAUUUUAUGCUUUUGGCUAGACUCAAAUAUUUGAGAAGAAAAUAUUUGUUGAUCAAUAAUUAUCAAUAACAAUAAAUAUAAAUUAUCAUUGAUAAUUUUUUAAAUUAUAUAUACGUAUAUGUAUAUAUUAAUAAAAAUAUGUAUUUUUUGCGUUCAGUGAAUGUAUUGAUUUUUGUAAUUAUCCAAUGGAUACGUUAUUGACAAAUGUUUUCCGGUCGUUUUAUUUGUUUUUUUUUUUUUUUUUGUUUGAAACUCGUGCUCAUGUCUUUCACGACGAGAAGCGAACGUAGUAAGAGAAAAUCGAUCUCGGAUGAACGAAGUCCUAAGCGGCCAGAAUACAAUUAUGAACAGGACAUCAGCGAGUAAAGUUAGCGGUACACGAUACUUGUUUUCGUACAGGAUUGCUUGCUGGAUGGAAAUAUUCUGUUCAUUCAUAUUGAUGCAUUUCUGAAGAUGGAUAAAAUUGCAACAAUCGGAAUAGAGUAUUUCCAUUCGGUAAGCAUUCCAGCACAAAAACAAGCAUUUUGUGCCGCUGGCUUAAGUAGGUAAUCAGAUGUUAACUGAAAAAAAAGAAACUAUCCCACAGGAUCUCUAUUCUAAGGUGCAACAUUAUCUAAAUUAUGGAGGACUACUAAGUCCGCGCGAAUGGCUACAACAUAUUAUAUACGUGUAUUUUGUGUAUGCGUGUAUUCGAUGGGCGCAUGUGUAUGUGUGUGUGCAUAUAUGUACGUGUAGAUAUAUAUUCACGUACGUAUAUGCAUGUAUGUGUUCUGUAAGCAAGAGUGCAUGUGUCUCGUGUGUGCUGUACGAACGUGUCACACGGCUGUGGAUACGGAUGUAUGUUUUGUGGUACAAAAUAAAAAAUAGACGCGCUUUGCACUGGAAAAAUUAAUCGGGAGAGAGAGCGAGAACAAGAGGGGAAAGAGAAAGAGAAAGAGAGAUUAGAAGAUCGAGCGCAAGAAAAGAGAAGAGAAAUAAAAAUGGGAUAAUCGCAAAUUGGAAAUUCUCUUUUAAGCGUGUAGGAUAGCCGCGAACGCGGUGGCAGCAGACAAACGCUCGAGUCGAGAAAUAAAGGUAGCGCGACGAUCGAACGCGGCUGAUAUAGAGUGAAUUUGAACUCGUGAGAGACUGAGUUCCGGACAACUGUAUAGUUCUGCCACGGUACUGUAACAGUUAAUGUAACGACGAUAAUAUAAUACAAUAUAAAUGAUAACAAAAUACAUAAUUUCAAGUGGAAUGAUUAAAUGUGGAAAAUUUUGAUCGGACAGUAGCGAUCCUGUUGCGUUUACCGUGCUGUCCGAAGCUUUACUGCAAGUUGAUUGUAAUUAGUUAUUAAAUGUACCACUGAUGAUGUUUAUUAUGACUAUUAAAAAAUUCUUAAGAUUAUUAUUAUAUUAUAUUAUAUUAUUAAUAUUAUUAUCAUUAUUAUUGUGAGCGUCACGUUAAUAUUAUGUUAUUGUUUUUAUUGUGUGUUGUUUUGUAUGUACCUAUCAGAAGAGCCUAUAAUAAUAACAUUAUUACAAUAAUCUAUACACACGCGCACACAAACACAGUAGAGGAACGGGGAAAGAAAGUACGCAUUAUUAUCUUUGUCCGCUCUAAAUACUGACUUGAUUUCCGAUCCUCAAAUUUAUGGUGCCCCUUAAGAGAAAUUUCUAAUUUCUUAACAUACAACCAGAAAUUUUAUGUUUUCUAAUUUGUGAAAAAUUUUAUAAUGCUUGAAGAUUGUACUAAUUUUAAUCGAUAGUCUGAAUUAUUUGGAGAAUAAUUUAAAACUAAAGUUAUAUAUAUAUUAUGUGGUUCGGGUGCUAAAAAAGGAAAGUGGGAUAUUUGAGAGAUAGCACCUUUUUAUUUAAAAAAUUGUUUUAUAUAAAGAUGUUUUUAAAUAUUUUUGUGACUUAAUUGCUAAAAUAUUUUUCUGUUAUUUUUAUAUAUGUGACGACAAAGCUAUAACGCACCAAGUUAUUACUGACACAUGUGAAAUAAUUGUAAAAAUCACAAUUGUACUAUUUAUGUUGUCUAAUAUUGUUCUUCAUGCAGUAAAGAACUGUUAAAUUAUCUUUCUCUUGAUUUAUCACUUCACAUUGUAUAUUAUCAUGCGCUAUAUCUGUAAAUUAUAUGCGUAAAUAUUAAUUGUUUAAUAUUCCGUUUAAAAGUCUCCAUCCUUAUAUCACAUAUGACAAAAGCAUAUAACAAAAUAUUACAAAUAAAUCGUCAUGUUUUUUUAUCAAAUUAAUUUUAUGUUUAACCUGUUAUGCACGCAAAAAUAAUGAAGAAAAAUAUUUUUGCAAUCCUUUUGUAAUACAUUUUAACAGAUGUACAUUAAAUAUAAUGCAAAUUUUUUUAUAUAAGCUAAAACUUCACAUAAUAUGUUUGAAAUUAUUAUAAUUUUUUAAUACCUGAAAGUUACGAAAGGUACGAUAUAGUUUAUUUAAAAGUACUCAGGAUAUUACAAAAUUUUUAAUUUACUUUUGUACAAUAUUUCAGUAUUGUCCACAUAAAAGUUACGCACUUUUAUUUUUGUAUUCAACAUUUGUUAGCAAAUCUUGCAAUAAUUUUCUAUGUUUAUAUUGAUUAUAUCAUUUUUAUGAGUUUAAACAACUUUUUAUUUGACAAAUUUUUGUGGCGCUAAAUGCAUUACGGUUAAAAAUAAAAACAAUAACGCGUAUAAGUUAAAACUGCUAUUUAGUAGAUCAACAUAUCAAAGUUAAAUAAUACAGUAAUGUUUUUAAAUAUUUCCAAUAUAUCUCUGAAAUAUAUUAUUUAAAAAAUAUAUUGUACACAUACUCUAUUCAGCAUUUGAUGUGCUUGUUAAAACGUAAUGCUAUUUAAAUCCACGAAAAUUUUUAAAACUUUAUUUAAAGUUGUUCUUAAUUUUUUACAAAUUUAGAGAAUAUUUAAUCUAUAAUUUUAUUAUUAUUAAUACUUUCUAAUAACGUGUCUAGAACUUGAGAAAAUUAUAACAUGCAGUAAAUACAUUUUGUUUCCGUUGUUUUUAAA